UCCACGCGAAUGACAAAUCCAGCUGACAAUCGAAGCGACGCGUUUUGUUUUUUGAGUUAACAAAAAUCUUAAAUAAGUUUUAAUACCGGAUUGCGGAAGCAAAAAUGUCAAAGUCCGCUCUUAAACACCUGAAAAGUACAUGCCGCGUGUGUGGAAAGUAUGCGAGCAACAAGCGCUCGCCGAAGAUCUUCGAGCGGACCAAUACAAAGACGAUCGACUGCAUCGAGGCGAUCACAGGCCUCCGGUUGGAGAACUACGGUUGCCUGCCGGAUCAGAUUUGCGAGUGCUGCAGCAUGGAACUGGCCUCCGCCAUCAAGCUGAGGGAGCGAUGCAUUGCCGCUCAACGGGAGCUUCUUAUGGGGCUGACCGAGGAGCAGCGUCAAGGCAUAUCACCCUUUUACCGCGCUGCCGUCAUGGGCGAAGCUCUUGAGGAUACGAUCAAGAAGUCCCAGCCGCCCGACGAUGACGAGUUGAUGCAAACCUAUCAGGAAAUCGUGGUGGAGGAGCCCAAACAGGAAAUCGAGGAUACGAAGAUCGUGUACGACGACAACGUCUUUUACGAGGUGGCGCAGGGCACCGGCGAGGAUGAUGAGAACUCUCUGAUCGAGGAGGCCGAAUACGACUCCAUCAUAGCCGAAGACGAAGAUCAUCAGGUGGAGGUAGACGACGAGGCUGCCGAGCUGAUUGUCGGAGAUGGAGAUGCCGCCGAAUCCUACGUUUACGACUCGGACGACGAGGUGGCCGUGCUGGACAACGUGUUGGAUGAUGAGUACGAGCACGAGAACAUUGUGGUGAAGAAGUGCAGCCUGCCGCCAAAGCCAAAGGUUCGUGGGGACGAUCCGCGUCGCCGUGGUACUGGAGGAGUGUAUAUCUGCGAGCAGUGCGGCAACCACAUUAAGGGACGCAUGGCCUUCGAGCUCCAUUGCCGGCGCCAUCGCGGCGACAAGCAAUUCGGUUGCGAGCUUUGCCAGUCGCGCUUCUGCACCACCUCGGAGCUGAAGCGCCACAUGCGCAAGCACACCGGCGAGCGUCCGUUCGCCUGCCAGUAUUGCGGUCGCUGCUUCACCGACUACACCACCCGGGUCAAGCAUGAGCGUACCCACACCAACGAGCGCCCCUACGUAUGCGGCACCUGUGGCAAGGCCUUCACCACCGGCUACAUCCUCAAGAAUCACAUGCUGAUACAUUCCGGCGAGCGUGCUUACAGAUGCGAGCUGUGCGACAAGUCAUUCAUGCUUCCCACUCACUUGAGCACCCACUUCCGGUCCGGCGUCCAUAAGCGGCACAUGGAGAAGGCCGAGAUGAAACAGGUACUGGAGCAGGAUCAGAAGCGCGAACUCAAGGAGGAGGAGGAGGACAGCCUGCACAUCUAGGCGGAGGAGCUGGAGAAGGUAGCAAUAUUAAGUAACACAAGAACGACGAUGGCGCACAGCCACAGAGCAUUUCUGCUAAACAUUAUUGUACACAUUUAUUAUAAUAGAAUUUAAUCUUGAAUAAAUCCAAGCUUCAAGUCCCCCA